AAAGAGUGUUAAAAAAAACAUUUCAACGUUUCCUGCUUCUUUGUUGUGGUUUGUGUGUUUUUUUCAUGGAACAAGUUUAUAAGGAACGAAGAUGAGUGCAAAUUAUCUAUAUAUAAUCACCAUUUCUAUACUCUCAUCGUCGGAUGGUUUUGCAGUAAAACAAAUGAACCUUCUUACCAAAAUCUUUUAAUUAUUCUAUGGUGUUAUUUUCUUGCCAACUUUCCCUUUGAAAUUCAUCCCAAAAGUACCCCAAUAAAAUAUAACAUUAAUCAGAAAAUGUGUUGCAUUUGGUUGGUGAUUGUUGAGGAUAUUGAAGCAAGAUUUUCAUGUCUUAGACUUCAAAUCAAACAAGAAAGCUAGGACAAAGUAAUAAAUAAAUAAAUGAACAUACAGAACCCCAAUUCAAGGAAGUUGAGGUUCUACUGCCUGGUGGUUGAUGUUUCUGACAUAUUUAUUUUACAAGUGAAGAUAACUUCUCUUUUUCCUUUACUUCAUUUGUUGAGUUUGGUGAAAGAAAGUGGAUGGUUAGAUUAACAAGAAACCAACAAAAACAUCAUAUAUUGAAAUCUAAUCAUUUCUCAAUACAAUCUCAAAUCCAAACUAGUAAUCAUUUUCAGAAACAAACACUUCAUUUUCCAAUCUUAAAUAUGGAAAACAAAGAAAACAUCGAAGCUGCCAGAAAGUUCUUAACUUCUAGCUUACAAACAUCGAAAGCUAUUUCUUCUGCAUUAGAUGAGUCUAGUUCAAGAUUGGAGCUUCUUAACAGAAGAUUUGUAUCCAUGCAAGUUUCCCUUAAACCAAUCUCAAUUCAAAAUCUACCAUUUUCUGAUGUUGAACAUGGUAUAGACAGUGUUCUAUGUUCUGUUUCAGCGGUCCACAAGGUGUUAGAAUGUGUUACUCAGUUAAAACAUUCUCUUUCAGCAGAUCCGAGUUCCGAUUUAUUCACAUAUGUUUCAAACACAAAGAAGCUUGAAGAAGCAUUGAAGCUUCUCACUGAUAAUUGUAACUUAGCAUCAGGUUGGUUGAAGAGUGUUUUUGAGUUGUUACAAAACAAAACAACAAUUAGUAUCAAUGAUUCUUACCUAUUGAAUGUUAACAAAUCAUUGAGAAUAUUGCAACAAUUGCAGACCGAAGAGAACCGUGCGCACUUCGAUGGAGGAAGCCUUAGCACUGCCCUUGACAGACUAGAGAUUGCUUUUCACAAACUUCUAAUGGCAAACUCUAUGCCUCUUCCUUUGGUUUCAUUAACAUCACACAUUGAUCAGCAAAACAAUGACGCGAAUCAAGGUUUGGAAUUUCCAUGUUCUUUAAAGAAGAAGUUACAACUCAUCGCGGAGAGAUUAAAUGCAAAUAAUAGGUUAGACAAGUGUCAUGCUAUGUAUGUUGAAGUUCGAGGAACGAAUGCUCGAAGAAGUUUGAAGACUCUAGAUUUGAGCUACCUUGAGAUUUCAACGACCGAGUUUGAGGCUGCGUGUGGAAAGGAGAGUUGCAUAGACAAAUGGGGAAAGGAUUUGAAGUUAGUUGUUAACAAACUUCUUGAGGCUGAAUACAAGCUAUGUACUAUUGUAUUCGAGAAAAUCGGCUCUAAAGCAUGGAUGAGCUGUUUUGCAAAAAUUGCUAUUGAAUCAGGAAUACUUUCAUUCAUCAAAUUUGGAAAGAUUGUUACGGAUAGAAAAAACGACCCUUUUAAGCUGCUGAAUCUGUUGUCAAUGUUCAAAGUCUUGAAUGGUUUAAGACUAAAAUUUAAUCAACUUUUUAGAGGAGAAGCUUGCGAAGAAAUUAGAAUUGUGACAAAAGACCUUAUCACAAGAGUUGUGAAUGGUGUAAUUGAAAUAUUUUGGCAACUUCCUGCACAAGUAAAGUUGCAACGACCGACGUGUCCUCCUGCGGACGGAAGUGUUCCUAAGUUGGUAAGUUUUGUUACUGAUUAUUGUGAUAAGCUUCUUAGUGAUGAGUAUAAGCCAGAUUUGAAUAAGGUAUUGGAAAUAUAUUUUAGUUGGAAAAAUGAACUAUAUGAAGAGGGUAUAGUUUUGAAUCAAAUCUAUAGUAUAAUUAAGGAAGUUGCAGUUAAUUUAGAUGAUUGGUCAAAAGUGUAUGAAGAUGUGAAUUUGUCAUAUUUUUUUAUGAUGAAUAAUCAUUGUCAUUUCUAUAACUUAAGAGGCACUUUAGUUGGAAAUAUGAUGGGAGAUUCUUGGUUAAGUGCACAUGAACAAUACAAAGAGUACUAUGCAGCACUUUACUUGAGGAAUAGUUGGGGAAAUCUUCAAAAUAUUCUUGUAAUUUCAUCCUCUAUGAGUUAUCAAGAUUUGGUUAAGAGAAUAAGUGCUUUUAGUCAAGCUUUUGAUGAAAGGUACAAGAAGCAAUGUAAUUGGAUAAUCCAUGAUGAGGUGUUGAGGACACACAUGUGCAAACAUUUGGUGGAAGGUGUUAUACCAAUCUAUAAGGUUUAUUUGAAGAACUACAUUUUGUCAAUUGAAAGUGAUGAUGUUGUGGUUGACAAGAAACAUGUUAAAUAUACAGUGCAAAGUUUGGAGAAUAGGAUUUGGUCACUAUUUCAACCAAAAGUGAAGAAGAAUGAUAACAUUAAACACAAAGAUUUGAUUAGUCAAAUUAGACAAGUUAGCCAUAAGUUAGGUUUGACUUAAAGUACUCUAUAGUAGUUGUAUAAUAUGUCAUUUUUCUUGUAGGCAGAUUGAAUGUUAAUGUAAUCUAUGAUAAAUUAAUGUUAAUGUAUAGUUUGGAAAGCUUAUUGGUAAGUGCUUGGAGAUCAUAUGUCUGAACGACUGCUCUUGCCAAGAUUCCCCUCCCAUUAUAACCAAGUUUGUGAGAAUCUUUGCAACUUGCAAAAAUAAGUUAGUCAAUGUUUUGCUAGAGAA